GUGGCGGAUCGGGGAGCCUUUCGGCGGAGGCGGUGCUGAGGAUGAGAGAGCGCGGUGCGAGGACUUUAUCUCUCCGUAGUUUGCAGCUGAAGUCGGAAUAUCGCGCCGAGGGAGUUUAUUCGGACCUGUUCGACACUUUGUGGACGGACCGCGGUGCAGGCUGCGCGCUCGUGCUAACCGCUUCUCCAUUCAUUGCCGUUGCCGCUGGGCACAUUUAGCAUGUUAGCAACUGUUUUUGCGGCUUUAAGCAAACGAAGGGCGACGAGAGGAGCUUGAGUCGUCGCUGUUUGUGGUUUCUCGGGCUUAAAAUGGUGAAAUUGAGCUGUGCUGGGGACUAACUUAACUAGUUGGCUGGAGGAGAAGACUGCGUAGAGAAAGCGAGCGGACAGCUUCCCCUCGAAAACUUGUAGCUGUUUUGUUUUGGUUUGUUUUGGUUUGUUUGCUUCGCCCAUGACUCUGGACAACCUAAAGCACUCCACUAUUCUCUCGACUUUGUUUAAAAUGGCCGAUGACAAUGACCUGUUAGGAGCCUCCGAAUUUAUUCAAGAUCGACUCUACUUUGCCACGUUAAGAAGCAAACCGAAGAGCACAGCGAACACACACUAUUUCUGCACAGAUGAUGAGUUUGUGUAUGAAAACUUUUAUGCAGACUUUGGGCCCCUGAACCUUGCUAUGCUGUAUCGAUACUGCUGUAAACUCAACAAGAAGCUGAAGUCUUUCACACUGACCAGAAAGAGGAUUGUGCACUACACCAGCUUUGACCAGCGCAAGAGGGCUAACGCUGCUGUCUUAAUCGGUGCCUAUGCUGUGAUCUACCUGAAGAAGACGCCGGAGGAGGCCUACAGAGCUCUGAUCUCCGGCUCCAACGCUUCAUACCUGCCCUUCAGGGACGCGUCAUUUGGAAAUUGCACAUACAACCUGACUAUUCUUGACUGCUUGCAAGGAAUCAGGAAGGCCCUGCAGCACGGCUUCUUGAACUUCGACACGUUUGAUGUGACUGAGUACGAGCACUAUGAGCGUGUGGAGAAUGGAGACUUUAACUGGAUUGUCCCCGGCAAGUUCCUGGCAUUCAGCGGGCCGCACCCAAAGAGCAAAGUAGAAAACGGUUAUCCUCUUCACGCACCUGAGGCUUAUUUCCCUUACUUUCGCAAGCACAACGUCACCACCAUCAUCCGCCUGAAUAAGAAGAUCUAUGAUGCCAAGCGCUUCACAGAUGCCGGCUUCGACCAUUACGACCUGUUCUUCGUGGACGGCAGCACGCCAAGUGAUGUCAUCACCCGCCGCUUCCUGCAUAUCUGCGAGAGCACCGACGGUGCCGUGGCCGUCCACUGCAAAGCGGGUUUGGGCAGGACAGGCACUCUGAUUGGCUGCUACCUGAUGAAGCACUACCGGUUCACUGCGGCUGAAGCCAUAGCGUGGAUCCGUAUCUCCAGACCCGGCUCCGUUAUCGGCCCACAGCAACACUUCCUAGAAGAGAAGCAGGUGAGUCUGUGGGCUCAGGGUGAAGUGUAUCGCUCUCAGCAGCAGAAGGUGCGCGUGUAUGAAGAGCGCAGUGUGGGCGUGCCUCACCUCAUCUCCAGCAUGGGUGACAUGACCAUCAGCACCAGCAUUCUCAAAGCCAGCAGCCUGGACCGGGUGGAGGAGAAUAAUGACUAUGGUGAUAAUGGUCUCAGCAUGACUCAAGGAGACAAACUGCGUGCCUUAAAGGGCCGGAGGCAGCCCAGAUCAGCAACCACAGGGGCUCUGAGACUUGAAGACAUGAAAAUGCACACCAGGUCCCCAUCACAGCCUUUCAGCAGACUGAGUGCGGGAUCCAGCCCCCAGGGUCCCACUUCACCCCUCAAAGCCUCCAAAGUGUCAUCCUCUUCUUCCAUCUCUGCCUCUGCCAAGAGAAUCGGCCGGGACUCCUCUUCCUCAUCCAGACUCAAAAGCUCUUCUCUAAACUCCAGAUUAGCGACCUCUCUGGGCAACUUGUAUGAGACAGACGGAGACCGUAACAGCCCUGGAAAGCAGCCUUCGACCUCGUCCUCCUCCUCUUUCUCAUUCUCCUCCUCCUCCUCCUCCUCUUCCCCCUGUGUAACCUUGAGCAGCACGUCUGCUCUGGCUGCUCACAACUAUCACUACGAGGUCAACAACAAUCAGUAUAACUCCAGCUCCAAUGGCUCUAACGCCAACGGGGUCGGCCCAGGCAAAAGUCGUACACCAACUACAACAUCGUACACCAACUACAACCAGAACCACAACCACGGCAGCCCAGCAGGGGCGUCCUCCACCUCUGGCAGAUUUGGCAUUGAGGAAUCAGCUCUGAAUCAAGGCACCGCCGGUCUGAACCGGCCUUCAGCCCGCUACCUCAGCCGCUCCAUUCCCUCCCUUCAGUCAGAGUAUGUUCAGUACUAAAGCAGCAACCCUGCGCUGAUCCCGGACCUACGGCUGUCUGCCCUCCGUCCACCCGCCGCUGACCUCCAGCCUGCCGCAUGAACACAAAGGGAAGCGAGUGAUGCUGGAGGUUCUUGUUGAUACUGCUGUUUGGACGCUGGCUGCUUCUCUGUAGGCAUGUUUUAACAUGAGGAGACCUCUGGAGUAGCCUCAGGUUAUUACCGACUGUAUUCCUAUAUGUUAGUCUGGCCAUUUGCUCUGGACAAACUGUUCCCAUCCUGUCAAGCACGCUCUCCACUCAUCAGCUUUUAGCUCAUUUUCUCUAUUUUAAAAUAGAUGUAGUCUGUAUAUACAUAUACGACCAUAUAGUUGUACUAAAGAAAGAUUAUUAUUUUUAGAUAACAGGAAAGGAUUUUUUAAAAACUAUAUUUGUCCAUACUGUUUUAUCUGAUCCAUAUCUUAAGUUUGAUCAACGUUUUGUUAAAAUAUGUGUAGUGUAUAUGUUGUAUUUUGGUUUAAGGAAAUUUAUUCUAUGGUAACAUUAUUUUUGCUACUAUCACCUGAGUGUAAUUAACAUAUCAAUCCUGAAGUAUGAGGGCUAAGUUAAUUUAUAGCAGAGUAAUUUCUAUAAUAUUUCGAAAGCAUGUUGUGAAAAGCAGUACUAAGGUGCAGGCUGGAGCUCUGUUGCUUUUAUGCAGACUUGUAGACCUUCAGAGGGGAAAAAACAUAAUGGCAUAUGUAGAAGCCUGCUGAGACCGCUCCCAUCUGCGAGGGAAAACGCACAGCAUGACUCUUUAACUUUCUGCGUGGGUGAAAUGUUUGGAGUUAACGUUUGUAUGAAAUAAUUGGAUGGACUAAUUUCCUCCAAGCCUCUUAAUGAGUUCCAGUCUGCAGUGUUCAUGAAUGUUAGAAUAAUGUAAAUUGGUUGUAUCUCUGUUUUGGGGGAUUUUAAACUGUUGUUGAAGUGGUGCACUGCAAAAAAUGAUGUCUUGGCAAGUGAAAUACUCAAAGGAUAAUUAAUGGUUCCACAAAAAAUCAGCUGUACAGUUUCCCCCUUGACCCCAAAUGUAACUGGGCCAGGUUAUGUUUGGUGUCUAAGGUUUACUCUAGUUUUAUGCUGAAGUUAUGAGGCUGAUGUAGACAUCUGCUUAUCCUGCAUUUCUUCUGAAAUCAAGACUAUUAAUUGGAUGUUGGUCUCCCUUUUCUGCAGUACUAGCCUGUACUCUUCUGGGAAGGCUUUAAACUAAAUGUUGGAACAUUGCUGUGAGGAUUUUGAUUGUGUUUAGCCACAGGAGCAUUAGUUAGGUCAGGUACUGUUGUUGGAUGAUCAAGUCAAGUCAAAGUUUGUUUAUAAAGUGCUUUUUACAAACAGGAGUUUUUCAAAGCAGCUUUACAGAACAUGAGCAAUGAGCAAGCCAAUGGCGACAGUGGCAAGGGCGAGAGGAAGAAACCUUGAGAGGAACCAAGACUCGAAAGAGGAACCCAUCCACUGCUGGUUGACACCGGAGAGCAGAACAAGAGCAAAUGAACAGAGGAUAAGGUUUUAACAUGUAGUAUUAAAUAUUAAAGUACAGAAAAGGAGAAAAACAGCAGUGGCUAUGAUUUUAAAUAAUUUGAGUCUGUACAGCAGCAGCAUCAGGAGAAAGGCAACAAAAAGGAUGACCAGUUCUGGAUCACUCCAGCUCAGGCCAGAGCUAUUGGAUGGAGCUACAUCACUCCAGAGAAUUCUGCUCCACAGGCCAGUCUUGGGGUGCUUUACACCCCUUUGUCGACGCUUGGUACUGGUCAUGAUGACCUUGGGCUCAUCUGUGGCUGCUCCAUUCCUUCAGCAGUGCUUGUCAGUGGAGUUUAUAUGAGCUGUGCUUGUGUUACCCAGAGCCUAUAUCAGCAGUGGGUGUACCUUAAAGUAGCUAAAUUUUGGAUACUUUGACAUGUCUAGCAAGUAAUGUAGGUCAGUCACUCUAAGCCUGUUAUAUCCAGUGCAAACCUAUAGAGGAAAACUGCAGACACCAAACAUAACACUGCAACUUGACUACGUUCAGGUUGAGGGGAAAUGUGUGUACGUUUUCAUCCAGAAGUCUGAGAUCACAUUCUGGGAUUUUUAUUUAUUUAAACCUGGAAAGAAAUAAAGGUUAAGGAAAAAAAGAACAAAGAACUGUAAUGACAAAUGAAGAAGAAAUAAUUGAAAUUCUGCACCGUUUCCGGCUCACUAUUCAAAAUGCUGUGCAUUUGAAAACAUAAGACCUUCGUAUAGAAAGGUCAGAUUUUUCUUCUCCUCAGUUGAAGCUCGUGUUCAGACGACUCUCGGGUGGACUUAAUCUCCUCAUCAGAGGCUUUUGUACAAACUUGUGGAGUCCAGGCCAAAGGCACGCUGUCAUUAAAGCAAAAGAGGGGCCUCAUACUAGCAAAAUCAAAAAUUCAUGAAAAUAUUAGAAAGAUUCUACUUUUCACUCUUUUCUACUGAUAAAUCGUACAUUAUGUCAGAAAAUUUUUGUUAGUGAUCUCUAGACCUUUGGAUCCCACUGUGUUGCUACACAUUUCAAUUUUAUUUAUAAUGCAUGUUAUUAGGAAAUGCUGGUAAUGAGCAAAAUUAUUUGAAAUGAAACAUGGAAUAAAUAUUUAAUUAGAUGUAAAAACUUGUCUAGAUGUGUAGUUUCAGCUGUUUCACAUGCCAAGAUACAUCUGUAUGCAAAACUGUGGCAAAUAUAACCUGGCAAAUAAAUAGAAAUUAUGCAUUAAGAAUGCAAAAAAAGCCAUAUUUAAAUCCCUAUAGAGGAUGUGUUACUAUUUUUCAAUCAGAAAAUCAACACAAUGUGUAAUUUGACCAGGAGUGUUCAAACCUUUGCAUACCACAAUCAUUGUUUGCGAUGGUGAUGCUUCAUUUUUGGAAAGCUUCUGCAGUGUUCAGUCCCCACAUGUCCACCGAGUGUAUAAGGUAGUGUUACUUUAACAGCACUAAGUAAGCUUUAGGCUCGCUCCAUCUCCAUGGCAGUAAUUUGAACUCCCACACAGAUCUCAUUAGGAUGCUAAGAAAGCUCCUUUAAAGCCAGCUACGUUAUUCACCGAUUGUGUUUUUUAGUGCACCUGAUGGAUGUAGCUAUUAGUAGACGCGGAGACUGUUCCUAAACUCCUCUAUGACGAAGCCUAGAAAGAAUUACUUCAGUGGAAGAUGUUUUGUAUGUCAGUUAAAGGAUAAUUUGAGUGUUUGUAACACUGAAUGUCAUAUGAUGUACACUUUAUGGACAGCAGCUAUGGUUUUUCAUAAGAUAUUAACACCUUGGACCUACUAAUGGUUUAAGCCCAGUCAAUGUAUAACAGACUGUUUUAGUGACUUUCCAUUGAUGUUUGAGUCAGACUGGCUCUUGGAGGCCUUUACGUCUGUGAGAUGAUGUGGAGCGAUAUUUUAUUGUGCAGUUUAUUCUUGUCUGUUUUGAAUUAUGUGUUACGUCUGACUGUAACAAAUUACUGUUGUCCCCUCUUUGGCCCUGUAGCACUCUGUACAUUCCAGACAAUGUAGUGCUUUUUCUACGUUUCUACGUUUUUGGGAGAAUCUUGUUAAUGGAAGUAUUCUACCUCUCUGAAAUCUACAAAUAACAGCUGUAAAAUACUCUCUUGCAUAUACAGUAUAUAUAAAUAUAUAUAUAUAUAUAUAUAUAUAUAUAUUUUUGGAGCAGUAUAUAAAUAGCAUUUAACUAUGCUAUUAUAUGUAGAUCAGUAUUUUGCAUUUCAUAAUUGCAUACAGUGAACGGGCACAGAAAGGCAAAAAAUGUAUAGGUUUUAAAAGGAAGGAACAAAAUAAAAGACUAAUUUUUGACAUUCUA